AUGGGACCUCUUCCGGUGCAGAUUCAAACUUUGCAGCGAAUGAGGGAUACUGGUUUUGUGGCUUGUUUCUACCAAUUACAGAUGGGGAGUACCACAGGACAGAGUGAAGAGACAUCGAUUGAAUAUUUACGCCAUGUAGUUUCUAAGGAGGGUUUAGCUGUGGACCCAAGUAAAGUGGCUGCGAUACAAGCUUGGCCUACACCGACCAAUGUGAAAGAGCUACGAGGAUUCCUCGACCUCGCUGGGUACUAUCGGUGGUUCAUCAAAACUUUUGCAACCUUGGCUGCUCCUUUAACAGAUUUUCUACAGAAAGGGGAAAAAUUUGAAUGGAUUACCAAGGCACAAGAAGCUCUCGAGUUGCUUAAAACUAAGCUAUGUUUGACUCCAAUGUUGGCCUUGCCUGAUUUUUCUAAGGAGUUCGUAGUGGAAACCGAUGCCUCUAGAGUGGGGAUAGGAGCAGUUUUGACACAAGAGAAUCGACCUUGGCUUAUUACAGUCAGAAAUUGA